GGUACAACGGUACAUGACACAUGACGAGAGAGAGAGAGAGAAUGGGUUCUUCACCGUCACCCAGCGACUUCGAACGUCUCGAGAAGGACGAUGGUCCGGUGAUCAACUGCGGCGAGUUAAUGGCACUCUUCGAGAGCCAGGAGCGCCAUCUACAUGAUUUCUUCCACAACCUCGACCUCGAACAAACCCAAACGUUCGCCCAAGCUCUUCUAGAGGCGCCCGGUGCAGUCUUUUUCUCCGGCGUCGGCAAUUCUGGCCUCGUCGCACUCACGCUUUCUCAAACCCUAGCUUCCCUUGGCUUCACCAGAUCCGCCUACCUGUCACCCGUUGAUGCUCUCCACGGCAACAUCGGUUCCCUUUUCCCCUCUGAUAUCCUUGUCCUCAUUUCUAAGACUGGAUCUUCCGAGGAACUCCUCAAUCUGGUCCCCUGCGCGAGGGCCAAAGGUGCCCGGCUGAUCUCUAUCACAUCUGUCAAGGGCAACCCCCUCGCCUCGCGCUGCGAUAUGAAUGUUCAUCUCCCUCUCGAAGGGGGGGUUUGCCCCUUUGGCCUCGCGCCCUUCACCUCCUCCACCAUACAGAUUGUGUUUGGGCACACGGUGAUGGCUGCGCUUAUGAGAGCUGGGAAGCUUACAAAGGAGAACUAUGCUCGUAACCAUCCUGCGGGAAAGAUCGGCAAGAGCCUUAUCUUUAAGGUGAAGCAUUUGAUGAAGAAACAGGAUGAACUUCCACUUUGCAAAGAAACAGACAUGAUAAUGGAUCAACUUACAGAGCUGACUAGUAAAGCAUGCGGAUGUCUGCUUGUUGUUAAUGCUGAAAACCAACUCAUUGGGACUUUCACUGAUGGCGACUUGCGGCGCACCCUCAAAGCUAGUGGUGAAGGCAUAUUCAAACUUACCGUUGGUGAAAUGUGCAAUAGGAAUCCAAGAACUAUUAGACCAGAAGAAAUGGCUGCAGAUGCGAUGAAGAAAAUGGAGUCUCCGCCAUCUGCUGUACAGUUCUUGCCUGUUAUUGAUGAUAGACGGAUUGUGGUGGGGAUCAUAACCUUGCAUGGACUCGUUUCUGCUGGCCUAUAGACAGUUAUUCACUCAUUUCUUCUGUCUAUUCUCUCUCUCUCUCCUUAUUUUAUUGUAGUAUUAUCCAUGCAUGUUUAUUAAUUGUUAGGCUUCUUAAGCUUUUUCACCUUUUAA